AUGACGCUGUCUAGCGAGUCAUUUUUAGAAAGUGUUGUGGUAAAAUUGUCAGCAAACAAAACAAGAAUGGAGGUACAAUUUAAAGUAUAUACAUUUUGGAAAGAAAACGAAAAACCAGAGGUGAGAAGAUUUGGCAUUGGAAGGGAUGUUGUCAGUAGCUUUCAGUAUUUGAAUGCUAAACUUCAAGACAUAUAUCCUAAGCUUCGUGGGAAACAUUUUACAGUAUCUUGGAAAGAUGAAGAAGGUGAUGACGUGACCAUUUCAUCGGAUGAUGAGAUAAUGAUUGCACUCACUUCUAUGUCUGAUGAUCUGAAAAAACUUUAUGUUCACUGCAAGGAGAGUGAAGAAAGGAAUGAUGAUUGUGAUAUAGUAAUUACUGCUGUUUCUGAUAACCCUGGAACAAGUGGUAAUGUUCAACAUAGUGGAGUAGUUUGCGAUGGGUGUGAGAUGCCUGUGACUGGUUUCCGAUACAAAUGUACAUCGUGUGAUGACUAUGAUCUUUGUUCAAAAUGUGAGGCAGUUGGGCUUCAUCCUGAACACUGCAUGGUCCGUGUACCAGCACCAACACUACCUCGUACGGUCAUCAAGGCCGCAGUAAAGAGAUCGCGUCAUUUCCUGAAGACACUGAGUGCGAUUAAUGAGGAACAAUGCAAGAGGCAGCGCCAUGAGGGUGAAAGGCGUCGUGAUCACGGCCAUGGUCAUGGUCAUCGCCGUCAGAGUCGCGAGGACCACAGCCGUCGUUCACGCACUAGUUGGCUAGAGACUUUCGCCACAUACAUGAAUGAAUUUGCUAACCUGGCUGGUGAUGUUGGUCUUGAACCUGGUGAUGGUCAGACUGCACCUAAAGAAUCAACUCCUAACCAGACUGAAACGCCAAAGCCAACGCCAACUAAUCAAGAAACUCCUAAACCGACUGCUACCGGGAGCUCGGAGCCUAAUCAACAACAAAAGCCGAAGACUCAACUUCCGCAAUGUCCUUUUACUGCUGACAAUUUAACCAUUGACAAUGUGCAAAAGCUUCUUAAUAUGUUGGGAGGCAACUUGCACGCGUUUGUACCUCAACCAUCAACAUCCAAACCAGAACCAGAUGUAGAAAUGGGACAGGGCGAUAGGAAGUCAUCAGAGACCGAUAAGGAUAGUGUGAAGUCUGACGUGUCGUCAACCACUAAUGCUUCUCAAAUUAAAAAAGAGGAGUCUCCUGACAAAGCAGAUGGUUGGACAGUAAUUAACAAAGAUCUAAUGGAUUCCGAAGCCAAGGCCAAUGAACCUGACCCACCAAUUGGUUUUAACCUGCCAGAGGAGUUUAGAGAGCGCGUGCGCAUUUCUGGGCAAAGUCUUUAUCCACCUCUAAACAUUGCUACUGCAGUGUUGAAUCCACAAGCUGACAUUCAAGAUGCACCCCAACCGAGUGCUCCAGAGGACACUGCAAUACCCGAAGCAAAAGACAACACAGCCAAGGCCUCUACUAAGCCUGACACUUCUGUCCGCCAUCCAAUAGCUCAUAUACAAGCUGCUAUUGAGCAGAUGACAGCAAUGGGCUUUACAAAUGAAGGUGGUUGGUUGACCCAACUUCUUGAAAGCAAGGAUGGCAACAUUUCGGCCGUUUUGGAUCUUCUUACUCCAACUAAUCCUAAGAAGUAA